UCAAUAGCCAACACCGACGUCAUGUAGAUUGUAGAUGUCAAACAAAUGUAAAUAAUCGUACGAUUUGGUAAUAAAACACAUAGAAAAGUUAUUUUUGAAGAAAUAUUUUGUGUUCUUAAGUGUAUAAGUAUGUGUAACACAUCCUACAGUCCCUAAUUGCAACAACAUCCGAGAGUGACUAAUAUUGCAACGAGGGAGGAAGGUAAUUGGCCAAUAGCGCGUCAGUGGAUAACUGAUAAAGUUAUGCUGUCUGCAUAAUGUUGGAGGCAAUCGGACUUCUGGUGUUGACCGGUGUGCUAUGGGGUUGCACGAACCCCUUCAUCCGCCAGGGUACGAAGGGACUCCGUGACGUCACCGCCACCACAGUGCAAGGACAGAUCUGGGCUGAAAUCACCUUCCUGCUUGGGAAUUGGAAGUACGUGUUGCCGUGGCUGGUGAAUCAGACAGGCUCGCUGAGCUACCUGGCGGCCUUGCAGCGCGCCCCCCUUUCAGUGGUGGUGCCCACCGCCAACAGCCUCGCCUUCGUCUGCACCGCACUCACCGGCGUCGCCGUAGGAGCUGAGGAACCUCUUGAUGCAAAGUCCAUAGCUGGCAUCGUGUUAAUCAUGCUGGGUACAGCUCUCUGCUGCUUCGAGGACAACAGUUGACGCUCCAACAUACUGAUAGGUAAUAACUGCCUUUAAACUGUCAAACACCGAGCGGUCACAGUUUAAAACCAUUGGUUUGUGCAUACCAGUGACAAAAUCUUCUUUGACCAAUGUUCAUUAAGUGAAAUAAAUAAAAAUAUGGUAAGUACAUUACAAAGCUUCAUAGAAAUUUAAUAAAUUACAAAAUUGAGUUUCAUGUCCGCGCCGACCAUAGAUUUAUGGUAACUUGGUGAACAAAAUAAUCAGUAUUUUAAUUUUCCAUUUUUAUUUUAUUUUUGUCAAAAUGUAUUUUACAAUAAAUAUUACAAAAUAAGAGGCACAUUAUAACUUUACAAGCAUUUAUUGGUAAAAGUAUUAUUUUUUUAAAUAGAAGUGUAUUAUUCAAAUAAAUGAAAUUAUGUAAUAUUGUAUCGGUCUGAGAUCUAUAAAAGCGAAUAACUAAUAGAUAUUCUCGCUUAUAAAAUAUAUCUUUGUCCUUUUCUUCCAUUCGAAGUUUGAUAGAGACAGAAAUAUAAGUAAGACAAAAAUGUGAUAGAUGGAUGAAAGAAUAGAGUACAAUUGAAAAUUUCACAUUCUUUAUCAAAGCUCACGGUACAUACAAAUUGCCACAAAAUGUAUAAAAUAUAAUACCUAUCGUGAGACACUAAAUUAACUAAAAUCGCGGGUUACUCACGUGAGCUCAU